AAACUUAGUACGUCAUGGAGGAAUGCUCUAAUAGAUCACAAAUCAGAAUCCUUUUGUUGCCCUUACAAACUCUAGACAAGACUGCAUCCUUCACAUUUUCAAAAUCCUCAUAUGGUGCUGAUGGAGGUCUAUUGGUAGAUUUUAUACAAGCUAAGCUGUAUAAUAUUAAUGAGCCACCAUGUAUUGAGUUAACUCGGCUAAAUGAACUACCAACUUGGUGAUUAGUGAAGUUAAACAUGAUGUGAUGUGAUUUAAGCCAGUGUUCAGUAAUACAGAGUAUAUGUUAAGACUGAGCUUUAGAUAAUAAUGGCUUGUUGCUUAGAGCCUGCAAAGAUUGAGGAGAAGAUAAAAAACAACACGCAAAGUAAAGUCAAAAUUCUGCCAGAGCCUGUAAGUGUGAUAAAACAUCCGCUACAAUAUUCCUGGAGUCUUUGGAUUUACGUAAAUGAUAAAUCCAAAACAUGGGAAGAAAAUUUGAUUGAACUUACAACAUUCGACACAGUUGAAGACUUCUGGUGUCUUUACCACCAUAUAAAACUACCGACCGAGCUGCGGCAGGGUAACGACUAUGCGGUCUUCAAGAAGGGCGUGCGGCCCAUGUGGGAAGACGAUGCCAACAAGAUGGGUGGACGCUGGUUGAUCAAUAUUGACAGAAAACAACGGAGUGCCAAUCUGAAUAAAUAUUGGUUGGAUAUUAUUCUUCUCAUGAUUGGUGAAAACUUCGAAAACUCUGAAGCAAUAUGUGGCGCUGUUGUUAAUAUCAGAGGGAAAUUUGAUAAAAUUGGUGUUUGGACAGGACAUACAUACACGAAACCCGUCGUUGAAAUAGGAAAGACAUUGAAAGAGGUGCUCGGCAUUCAGACAAAGUUUGGAUUCGAGGUCCACCGAGAUACGAUGUCUAAGCAAGGUUCAACAAGCAAAUUCCUGUACAUUGUUUAAUACUUAAGAAUAACUACCAGCGACUACCAUUACCACGUUACAAAUAUCUGAUCGAAGAGUAUGUUGUAAUAAAUAAUAAAACUACAAUUAUUGAAUAAUUGUUUUUUUCCGAAUACUGUUUUGUUUCUACUUUAAAUGUAUUGGCUUAGACACGGAAUACUUAUUAAAAGUUAAGAAUUACUAAAGUCUUAAGUCGUGCUUAACUUUUAUGAGAGUAAUGUGUCUUUCAUAAAUAAAAAAUAUUUAAA